AUGGAUGACCGGCGGAAUAUCGUACGACGAGCCAAUGAUGCAGUCAAUGAAAGUUUCUCCGCGCUCACAGUCGACGCGAUGAACUUUGCUCUGCACCGAUUUUCUGAGGCAAGGAAAAACUGGCGCGAAGCUAAAGCCUCUCUCAAGUUACUGGAAGAGGAGAUGAGGCUUGCUUUGUCCUCAGAGGUACGACACUUUCAAAUAUCAAAAAAGACGUUUUUUAGGCUUGAACGAACUUAAAUUACUUGGUACUGUUCUGAGCGUUAUAAUUCAGGAGGAAUCUGGAAACGGCAACGGCAACGGCUUACCUGCAUUUGAAGUCCGUCCUCAGGUCGAGAACGGCGACUCUUCUCAGGAGGAAAAUGAGAACCCAACAUAA